AGUACGGAAGAAAAAAGUAUAAAAGAAGCCCCGCCUCGUCAUUUUGCCGUCAACUUUCAUUGUGAAAUUCUUUGUGAUUUUUAACCAAUUUUCUUACUGUUUUCGGUUCUAAUUCAUAACAAGUAUAUAUACAUUGAAUAUCUUGAACAUUUUUGUAUAAAUAUAUAGAAAAUAGGUAAGUUUCGGUCUUCUAUAGUACACAAUGAGUCAAAUAAAAUUCGCCAUUUUUGUUAGCGUUAUCGAAACAGGUCAAAAUAGGUGGAUGUCCACAUUCUUGUUAGAUAAACAUCGCUUGUCAAUUGUAAAUUUACAAAAGAUCGCUUGUUUUCACAGAAAUGGCGGCCAUCAGGAAAAAAUUAGUGAUUGUUGGAGAUGGAGCAUGCGGAAAGACAUGUUUAUUAAUCGUUUUCUCGAAGGAUCAAUUUCCAGAAGUCUACGUUCCUACUGUAUUUGAAAAUUAUGUGGCUGAUAUAGAAGUAGAUUGCAAACAGGUAGAACUUGCUCUAUGGGAUACUGCUGGGCAGGAAGAUUACGAUCGUUUAAGACCUCUCUCUUAUCCUGACACAGAUGUCAUACUUAUGUGCUUUAGCAUUGAUAGCCCUGACUCUUUGGAUAAUAUACCUGAAAAAUGGACACCUGAAGUCAAACACUUUUGCCCCAAUAUACCUAUAAUAUUAGUAGGUAAUAAAAAAGACCUAAGAAACGACGAGGCCACCAAAAGGGAAUUGAUGAAAAUGAAACAAGAACCAGUAAGAUCGGAUGAAGGAAAAGGUAUGGCUGAUCGAAUUAGUGCAUUUGCCUAUUUGGAGUGUUCUGCUAAGACGAAAGAGGGUAUUAGAGAAGUGUUCGAAACCGCUACUCGAGCAGCGUUACAAGUAAAAAAGAAGAAACGAAAUAGGUGUUGUGUUUUGUAG